AUGGCGUUGCAAGGUCAGGGUCCAGACCCAAGUGAGCGCAUCUUCGUCGAGUUACGCAGCAAAAACGAUGAAAUCAAGAACAAGGCUGCGACCGAGCUGCGGGACCUCAUCACCCUGGUUUCGAGAGAGUGGUCACCUGAACGAUUCAGCGCAUUCUACGACCGCGUCACCCAACGCAUCAGUAACCUCGUCGUCCAGGCUCCGGACCCAAAUGACAAGGUGGGCGGAAUCCUGGCGUUGGACCGUCUCAUAGACAGUGACGCAGUGGAUGCGGCCCAGAAGGCCUCGAAGUACUCCAACUAUCUACGCGCCGCCUUAAAGAGCAAUGAUUACACCGUCCUGGAUGUCGCCAGUCGGGCACUGGGACAUCUCGCCCGGCCGGGAGGGGCCUACACUGCGGAAUUGGUCGAAGCUGAAAUGACAUCUGCCUUUGAGUGGCUACAACCGGAGAGCAAACAGGAGAGUCGUAAACUAGCCGCGGUCUUGUUGAUCCGCGAGAUGGCCAAGAAUUCUCCCACUCUGGUCUACGGCUUCAUCCCUCAGAUCUUCGAGUUGAUCUGGAACGCACUUCGGGAUCCAAAAGACCUCAUACGGAGAACUGGAGCCGAGGCUGUGAGUGCGUGCUUUGGGGUCAUGGUAGCAAGGGACCCUCAGUUUCAGGCUCACUGGUUCCAAAAAAUAUACUCCAAGGCUCUGGAAGGAUUUCGGCCAAAUACAACCGUCGAUGAAACGCUUGGAUGCCUCCUGAUCUUGAUGGAAUUGCUCCAACAGGGAAACAUGUUCAUGCACGACUUCUACAGAAAUGCUUGCGAGAUAGUGCUGAGGCUCAAGGACCACCGCGACCCACGGAUCCGCACGCAGAUUGUCCAGAUCAUUCCUGUUCUUGCUGAGUAUGCGCCGCUCGAGUUCAUCAACAACUACUUGCAUAAGUUCAUGAUAUACCUCCAAGCGCAGCUGAAACGGGAGAAGGAGCGCAACCAAGCCUUUCUAGCUAUUGGCCAGAUAGCCAAAGCUGUUGGGAGUGCCAUCGCGCAGUACCUUGAUGGCAUUAUCCUCUAUAUCCGGGAGUCGCUCAGUGCAAAGACCAAGAACCGGGGUGCUGUGGAUGAAGGACCAAUGUUCAAAUGCAUCAGCAUGCUUGCUGGCGCUGUGGGACAAACCCUCAGCAAGUACAUGGAGGCUCUUCUCGAUCCCAUUUUCGCCUGUGGCCUCACUGAGCCCAUGGAGACCGCGUUGGAGGAUAUGGCGCACAACAUUCCGCCAAUCCGAUCAACGAUACAGGACAUGUUAUUGGAUCUUCUGAGUCUGAUACUGGUCCAUUCUCCUUACCGACCCUUGGGCUGUCCUGCCAAUGCAACGCCCCCGCUUCCAUCAUUUGCUAAGGACUAUGGUGGUUUUCCUGCCGAGCACAAGGACCAUGAGAUCACCCUUGCCCUUGUGACGCUUGGGAAGUUUGACUUCUCUGGCCAUAUUCUCAACGAGUUCGUGAGGGACGUCACUCUUCGCUAUGCCACGCAUGAUCACCCGGAAAUCCGACGUGCGGCAGCUUUGACUUGCUGUCAGCUGUUUAUGCAGGAUCCUAUCUUGCAUCAGACGAGCAAUAACGCUAUACAAGUCGUGAGUGAGGUCGUCGAUAAACUGCUGACUGUGGCGGUUGGCGAUCCGGAUCCUGAUAUCAGAAUGACGGUUCUCCGAGCUCUAGACAAGAAAUUCGACAAGCAUUUGGCAAGGCCCGAGAACAUAAGGUGUCUUUUCUUGGCCGUCAACGACGAAGUUUUCCCUGUGCGCGAAGCCGCCAUCGAGAUUAUUGGCAGGCUGACCACGGUGAAUCCGGCCUACGUGUUCCCACCUCUCAGAAAGCUACUGGUCAAUCUUCUUACUGGCCUUGGUUACUCCAAUACAGCAAAGCAGAAGGAGGAGAGUGCCCGCUUGAUCAGCUUGUUCGUAUCGAAUGCGACGUCUCUAGUCAAGACAUAUGUUGAGGCGAUGGUGUCAGCUCUCUUGCCAAAGGCUACAGACUCGAAUCCGGGGGUGGCCUCGACGACAAUUGAGGCUCUCGGAGACUUAACAUCAGUUGGUGGUGAGGCCAUGGUCAAGCAUAUCCCCGAGCUCAUGCCUAUCAUCAUCGACGCGCUACAAGACCUGGGGUCACACGACAAGCGCGAGGCAGCGAUGAAAACGCUGGGUUCUCUCGCCGUCAAUUCUCAAUAUGUGAUCGACCCCUACCUGGAAUACCCCGAAUUGCUCGGUAUCCUGAUCAACACGAUAAAGACCGAGGCUCACGAGAAGCUUCGGACAGAUGCGAUCAAAUUGGUCGGCAUCCUGGGCGCUUUGGAUCCCUAUAAGUAUCAACAGCUCAGCGAAUCGGUCGCGGAAAAACAGAGCAAGGCCGAGACACAACCUGUUUCCGACGUAGCUCUGAUCAUGCAAGGAUUAACACCGUCGAAUGAGGAGUACUAUCCAACUGUCGUCAUCAACACCCUGAUGCAGACAAUCCUCGCCGACCACACCCUGGUCCAAUAUCAUAGUGCAGUGAUCGAUGCCGUGGUGACCAUUUUCAAGACCAUCGGCAUGAAAUGCGUACCAUUUUUGGGUCAGAUCAUCCCGGGGUUUCUCAGCGUCAUUCGCAGUUCCCACCCGACGCGCUUAGAGUCUUACUUCAACCAGCUUGCGGUUCUUGUCAACAUCGUGCGCCAGCACAUACGAGCUUUCCUGCCUGAAAUCAUCGAGGUGAUUAGAGAGUUUUGGAACACAUCAAGGCAAGUUCAGUCGACCAUCUUGUCAUUGAUCGAAGCCAUCUCAAUGUCUCUGGAGGGCGAGUUUCGCAGAUACUUGGCUGGCCUCUUGCCGCUCAUGCUCGCGGUUAUUGAGAACGAUACAGACUUGAGAAGAGAGGCAUCUAUCCGCAUCCUGCAUACAUUCUUGGUCUUUGGCUCCAGCGGCGAAGAAUACAUGCAUAUGAUUGUCCCAGCAAUUGUUGGCAUCUUCGAAAACCCAGCUGCGCCUCCAAAUGCUCGGCGGGCUGCCAUAGAUACCUUGGGAAAACUGUCCAGAACCGCCAAUGUGACCGACUUCGCCUCGCUCAUGAUCCAUCCGCUUGCGAAAAUACUGGCGUCCCCAGAGAAGGUCGUCACUAACUCCGCGGAGCGUUCGCUCAAAGCUGCAGCUCUGGAUUGUAUCUGUGCAUUAAUCUAUCAUUUAGGACAAGAUUUCGCACAUUAUCUGUCGCUUGUUGAACGAGCCACCAAAGCUGGCCAAAUCAAUUCGGAACGCUUUCAGAAGUUAAUCGAGAACUUCAAGACAGGAAAAACAUUACCUGUUGACUUCUAUCCUGAAGAACAAUAUGGCAUACCAGCAGAGGAUACGUCAUACUCGAAUAUCACGUCUAUGCGACUGCCUGUCAACCAACAGCAUCUGAAGAAUGCCUGGGACACGUCUCAGAAAUCAACGAAGGAGGACUGGCAGGAGUGGAUGAGAAGAUUCAGCGUUGAACUCUUGAAGGAAUCUCCAUCACAUGCUUUGCGGGCAUGCGCCAGUCUGGCUACGGUCUAUCAGCCGUUGGCCAAGGACUUGUUCAAUUCUGCAUUUGUCUCGUGCUGGACAGAGCUUUACGACCAGUAUCAGGAAGAGCUCAUUCGGUCGAUUGAAAAAGCAUUGACAUCCACGAAUAUCCCCCCCGAUAUUCUUCAAACACUGCUCAAUCUGGCCGAAUUCAUGGAACACGACGACAAAUCGCUGCCAAUUGACAUACGGACACUUGGAAGAUUUGCCGCCAAGUGCCAUGCAUUCGCUAAAGCGCUACAUUACAAGGAGCUUGAAUUCGAACAGGACCAGAACAGUCAAAGCGUUGAGGCUCUAAUCAGCAUCAACAACCAGCUACAACAGUCCGACGCAGCCAUUGGGAUAUUGCGUAGGGCGCAAGUCUUUGGCGAAGUUGAGCUGAAAGAAGCCUGGUUCGAGAAAUUGCAGCGAUGGGAAGAGGCAUUGGCCGCAUAUCAGAAACGCGAAAAAGUUGAGCCGGACAAUUUCGAUAUCGUCAUGGGCAAGAUGCGUUGCUUACACGCUUUGGGUGAAUGGAAAAUGCUCUCGGAAAUUGCCCAAGAACACUGGAACAGCGCAACUCAAGAAAAUCGGAAGAACAUGUCAGCUCUGGCUGCAGCUGCAGCAUGGGGCCGGGGCGAAUGGGAUUUGAUGGACAACUACAUCAGUGUCAUGAAGGAAAGCUCUCCUGAUCGCGCAUUCUUCGGCGCCAUUCUCGCCAUACAACGCAACAACUUUGGCGAAGCCCAUAACUUCAUUGUCCGCGCUCGGGACGGCGUCAAUUCAGAGAUCACCGCUACGAUCGGCGAGUCUUACAAUCGAGCUUAUGGUGUAGUUGUCCGAACGCAGAUGCUUGCCGAGCUCGAGGAAAUCAUCGUCUACAAGCAAAGUGAGGGGCUGUCUGAAAAACAGAAUUCUCUCAAGAUGUUGUGGAACAAGAGGCUGCUGGGCUGCCAGUCAAACGUGGAGGUAUGGCAGCGAAUGCUCAAGGUACGAGCCCUUGUGCUUACUCCGACUGACAAUCCUGAAAUUUGGAUUAAAUUUGCCAACCUGUGUCGAAAAUCGGAUCGGAUCGGGUUGGCAGAAAGAUCUCUGGCCUCUCUGGGGGGCGUCAGUGAUUUCGUUGCCGGAGCAGGUGCAGCGCCACCUCCUGUCGCGUAUGCCCGCCUCAAGUUCAACUGGGCGACAGGGAACCAACAGCAGGCGUUGUCGUAUCUCCGUGAGUUCACGAUGCGUCUUGCCGAUGAGUUUCAACAGGCCAAUACUGCCCUGGCUACUGGCAUGCACACUGAGAGGCUGAGUGGCAUGAACGGACUUGAAAUGAAUGGCCAUGACACAAUCGCUCAGAGGCGGAAACACGAAGAGUUGGACAAAUGCGCAAAGCUCCUGGCAAAAUGUUAUUUGAGACAAGGAGAAUGGCAGUCCUACCUUCUUAGAGGUGACUGGACGAGCCCUCGAGCUCAGGAGGCCGUGCGAGACAUCCUGAACUCAUAUCACGCUGCAACACAGUACAACGUGUCUUGGUAUAAAGCGUGGCAUGCCUUUGCUCUGGCCAAUUUCGAGGUGGUCACUUCCAUGGCAUCACACACCGACCAGGAGAAGGUGCGCAGUCUCCCGGAGCAUGUGAUUCAGAAUCACGUUGUGCCUGCUAUAGGAGGCUUCUUCAGAUCGAUCGCCUUGUCCAAAACAAGCUCUUUGCAAGACACGCUACGACUCUUGACGCUUUGGUUCGCGCACGGCGGCCACACCGAGGUCAACCAAAUCGUCACCGAAGGCUUUGCGUCGGUCAGCAUCGACACGUGGUUGGAAGUCAUCCCGCAACUGAUUGCCAGGAUCAAUCAGCCCAACACGAGAGUUCGGGCGGCUGUGCACCGGCUAUUGGCAGAAGUCGGCAAGGCUCACCCACAAGCACUCGUUUAUCCUCUGACUGUCGCGAUGAAGUCGUCGGUUGCACGUCGCGCAAACUCGGCAACUCAAAUCAUGGACAGCAUGAAAGUGCACAGUCCAAGACUUGUUGAGCAAGCCGAUCUCGUCAGCCAUGAACUCAUCCGAGUGGCUGUACUCUGGCAUGAGCUUUGGCAUGAGGGUCUCGAGGAAGCUUCCCGGCUUUACUUUGGUGACCACGACGUGGAAGGAAUGCUUGCCACGCUCGCCCCUCUGCAUGAGCUGCUUGAUCGCGGGCCUGAAACCCUCAGGGAGAUAUCAUUUGCCCAGGCAUUCGGCCACGAUCUCGCUGAAGCCAGAUCCUUCUGCAACGCUUUUCGCCGGUCAAAGGAAAUCGGUGAUCUCAACCAGGCCUGGGAUUUGUACUACGCCGUCUUCCGUAAGAUUGCUCGCCAGCUGCCCCAGCUGAUGAGCCUCGACCUCAAGUACGUCUCGCCCCGGCUGAAGGAUGCACAUGACCUCGACCUUGCUGUUCCCGGCACCUACCAGUCUGGCAAGCCAAUUAUCAGGAUUAUCAGCUUCGACCAUGUCCUCACUGUCAUACCUUCCAAGCAGCGCCCACGGAAAAUGACCCUGAAGGGCUCUGACGGUGUGUCGUAUGCUUUUGUCCUGAAGGGCCACGAAGAUAUCCGUCAAGACGAACGGGUAAUGCAGCUCUUCGGUCUUGUCAAUACGCUUCUCACCAACGACACUGAAUGCUUCAAGCGUCAUCUCAGUAUCCAGCGUUUCCCGGCCAUCCCUCUGUCACAGAAUUCUGGUUUACUGGGUUGGGUGCCCAACUCCGACACCCUCCACAACCUUGUGAAAGAAUAUCGAGAAUCGCGCCGCAUCUUGCUCAACAUUGAGCACCGGAUCAUGUUGCAAAUGGCCCCCGACUAUGACAAUCUCACACUUAUGCAGAAGGUUGAGGUAUUUGGGUAUGCAAUGGACAACACGACGGGCAAGGACCUGUACCGUGUAUUGUGGCUCAAAUCCAAGAGCUCUGAGGCCUGGCUAGAUCGACGAACAAACUACACCCGUUCCUUGGCCGUGAUGUCCAUGGUCGGCUACAUCCUCGGGUUGGGCGAUCGUCAUCCUUCGAAUCUCAUGCUCGAUCGGAUCACUGGUAAGAUCAUUCAUAUCGACUUUGGCGACUGCUUCGAGGUUGCAAUGCAUCGGGAGAAAUACCCGGAACGAGUGCCUUUCCGACUUACCCGGAUGCUUACCUUUGCUAUGGAGGUCAGCAACAUCGAAGGCUCGUUCAGAAUCACCUGCGAAAAUGUCAUGCGGGUUAUUCGCGAAAACAAAGAGUCUGUCCUCGCUGUGCUGGAAGCAUUCAUACACGAUCCGUUGCUUAACUGGCGACUCAACACUCGUGAAUCUCCCCCGAGACCACACUUCCGAUCCGAACGCAGACAGAGCAUCAUCGACGCUCCUGGAGCCCCCGGGGCCGAAUACGACCGCAGUCCGAUGGAGACGGCCAACAAUCCUGCAGCCAUGAUAGCUGGCACAUCGCAGAGCCACGUGGGCGCACCGCCAGGCCGCCGGCACCGACGCAGCAGCAUCCUGGAUCCGGCUAUGGGUGGUGGUGGCAGCAUCCUUGAUGCGACGAAGGGAUUGGACAAUAACACCACGGCCCCUGACGCCAAGGAAGUCCAAAACGCUCGUGCUCUUCAGGUUCUUGCUCGCGUCAAGGAGAAGUUGACUGGCCGCGAUUUUAAGCCUGCCGCUCCUGGGACCAGUGUCGCUCGCUUGGCCGCCGACCUGCACGGCCUCGGUCUAGAAGCUCUGAUGAAUGUCAAUGGUGGAACCAUGAACAACGCAACCGGCAUUGGCGGAGAGCCCAACAAGCCGGUUUCCAUCGCCGGCACAACACCUGAAACGACCAUGGCGGGCGUUGGAGGACUCGGGGUGGCCGAGCAAGUGGAUCGACUAAUCCUUCAAGCGACAAACGUGGAGAAUUUGUGCCAGCACUACAUUGGAUGGUGCUCAUUUUGGUAA